UGAAUUGAUAUCAAAAACUGAUAAAGGUCUGUGUUGAAGAUAACCAACAAGAAGGUUGUGUUUAACGUAAAGUCCUCGUGGUUUUCAAGUGUCAACAUUACCAUAAAUGCUUUUACAUAAUAAACUCUAUUUUAUCUUUUGACACAGACAUAUCUGACCGAACAUGUCGAGGAUAAUCGUUAAAAACCUGCCUGAUUUUGCUGACACGGCUCAAAUCAAGCAGAAAUUCCAAGAAUUAGGUAGAGUGACGGACGUCCAGCUCAAGUACACGAAGUCCGGCAAGUUCAGGAAGUUUGGCUUCAUCGGCUAUGAAAACGAAGCGGAUGCCAAAGCUGCGAUCGAACACUUCAACAAGACCUACAUCGGCACCUCGCAGAUACAGGUGGAACUGUGCUCUGACUUGGGUGACACUAACAAGCCAAGAGCUUGGAGCAAAUAUGCAACAGAAAGUUCAACAUUUAAGAAAUUGAACCCAAAUGAAAGUGCAAAAGAAAAUCGUGCUAAGGAGGCCAAAUUAAAGGAGAAGAAGGAGAAAAAGAAAAAAAAGGGGCCAAUUCAAGAUGAAGAGUUAGUCGAACAGCUUAAAAAACACAAAGAUGACCAUGAGUUCAUGCAAUUCAUGGAGCUUCAUGGCAAAGUGGACAAAUUGGUCGGAAUCGAUUCGGACGAGGAAGAAGAAAAGGAGGUAGAAGAGGGGAAGAAAGAAAAUGUGGAUGAAGAAGAGAGUAAAAAACUAGCUAAUGACAAGGGGCUGUCAGAUUUGGAGUACUUGAAAGCAAAGAUGAAAGGUACUGCUAUCCUAACAGAACCUAAGCAGGAGAAAACAGAAGAAAAACCUAAAUUUUUCACUUUGAAAAUAAGUAACCUGCCGUACAAGGCAAAGAGAAAAGACAUAGAAGAAAUGUUACAUUCAGUUCACAUUGAUUCAUUAAGACUACCUAAACAAAAAGGAAUUGCUUUUGUUGGGUUCAAGACGGAAAAACAGAUGAAACAGGCUUUAAUCUUCAACAAAACCUUUUUAAAUGGUCAUAGAAUACAGAUUACUGAGCACAAAAAGAAUAAAGAAGAAGAGGUCUCUUCAGUUCCAAAGAAAUGGCAGAAACAGGAAUCCGAAAUGGACAGCGUAGAAAGCAUCGCAGAAUCAGGGAGGAUUUUCGUUAGGAACCUUCCGUAUACGGUUUCAGAAGACGAUCUUCAAGCUGCUUUCGGAAAAUUCGGCCAAAUAUCAGAGUUGGUCUAUCCGGUUGAUAGAACGACGAGGGAGCACAAGGGGUAUGCACUCGUGACUUAUUUAUUUCCUCAAGAUGCUGCCUCAGCUUUCGGGGAGUUGGACGGAAACGUCUUUCACGGCCGAAUGCUUCAUCUUCUCCCUGCAAAGUCCAAGGAUGAUAUUGAAGAGGCUGAAGAUGAAAGUUCUAACUUUAAAAAGAAAAAGAUGAAGAAUUUAAAGAAGCAGUCUGGAUUCUCUCACACCUGGAAUUCCCUUUUUCUAGAUAUUAAUGCAGUUGCUGAUGUAAUUGCUGAAAAGUACAAUGCAACAAAGGAAGAAGUUCUAACCGGUUCAAAUGCGGCAGUAAGAAUGGCUCUAGCUGAAACCCAGCUAGUUGCAGAGACAAAACAGUUUUUAGUCGAUAACGGCGUUCAACUCGACUCUUUCAACCAGGAAGUUAAAAGUAGAUCAAAAACAGUUAUUCUAGUUAAAAAUCUACCAGCCAAGACCACUGCAUCUGAAAUAAGGGAGUUAUUCAUUAAAUACGGCGAGCUAGGACGAGUCAUUCUUCCUCCAAGUGGAAUAACUGGCAUUGUGGAGUUCCUUGAGCCAUCAGAAGCAAAAAUUGCUUUUAGAAAAUUGGCCUAUUCAAAAUUUAAGCAUCUGCCUCUUUAUUUGGAAUGGGCUCCUGAAGAUUCUUUAAAAGUUAAAGUGAAAAAUGAAAAAGACGAAAAUGAAGACAGCAAAGUAAACGUUAAAAAAGAGGAAGAUGAAGAAGAAUUGAUACCAGAAGAAGAUACAGUUUUAUUUGUUAAAAAUCUAAAUUUCGAUGCGACGGAAGAAGAUUUGAGAAAGCAUUUCGAGGAAGUCGGGAAACUCGCAAGUGUCACAGUGGCGAGAAAGAAAGAUCCAAAAAAACCUGGAGCGACUUUAUCAAUGGGAUAUGGUUUCGUGCAAUUUUACCACAAAUCAGCAUUGGACGAAGCGUUGAAAAGACUCCAAGGCACAACCCUCAUGGGCCAUCAGCUAGAAUUAAAGCGUUCUAACCGCACUUUGAAAGAUACGGAAACUGUCAAACGAAAAUUUACAAAUAUGUCCAAACAAACUGGUACAAAGAUUUUAGUAAGGAACAUUCCUUUUCAAGCUACAACUGCAGAGAUAUCCGAGUUGUUCAAAACAUUUGGAGAACUUAAGUUUGUGAGGCUUCCAAAGAAACUAGUUGGUACCGGAUCCCACAGAGGAUUUGCGUUUGUUGAAUUCAUGACAAAACAAGAUGCAAAGAGGGCGAUGGAGUCAUUGGGACAGAGUACUCACUUGCUUGGCAGGCGUCUUGUCCUUGAGUGGGCAGAGACAGAGGAAGACGUUAACCAAUUGAGGAUCAAGACAGCUAAGCACUUCCAUCAAGAUUCAAAUAAAAGGAUGAAAUUUGAUAGUGCGGCAGGAAAAGAAAGAGAUGAAGAGGCUGAAAUGGAAUUUUAGAUUAUAUUUAUUAUUUAAGCAUGUAAAUAAUUCAAU